UGCACGGAGUGCGUUACGCAGGUGUGUCCUCCCAGAUAACAUGCGCUCCGGACUCUCCUUUUACGCGUUUGUCAACAAACACCAUUAAGGAUUAUUUUGAUUUUCCCCCAUAUCAUUUGGCGGAUACUAUUUGUUCAUUUUACAGAUGUGUUUCCAGAAUACGCAGAGAUAAUUUGGACAUGAUCACAUUGCCUUCGGAGUCUGCUUUAUUUAGGGUGGUCAAUCUAGUGUGGGAGAAGAACCGAACACAAAACCCGUUGCUGCACUCGCUGCCUCCCGCAGACCCGACGCGCCAGGCAAACCGUUUACCCGUGAAAGUGUUGAAAAUGCUUGCGCGGAACGGACACAUUCUGCACCCGGACUAUCUCCAACAUUUACCGUCCACUCCAGUUAGUCCAAUCGAGCUGGAUGCCAAGAAGAGUCCUCUUGCUCUCCUUGCGCAAACAUGUUCCCAAAUCGGGAAGUCCGACGCCCCGUGCGGAACGAAACUCUCCGCGCUCACAUCGGACAAGGACACCAAAUCCAGCCCGCUCAAGAUCAGCGACAUCGGGGCUGAGGACAAAUCUAGCUUCAAGCCAUACUCCAAAUCGUCGGAGAGAAAAGAUUCGGAUGGGGAUAAAACUGGUUUCCGUGUGCCGAGCGCCACCUGCCGGCCCGUCACGCCACGGACGGGCAGCCCGAGCUCAUGCGGCUCUGGCUCUCCGCAACCCGGACGCCCGGAAUCAGGGGAUAAAGUGGGGAAAAGGGAUUGUGAUGCGAAUAAAAGCUCUUCCCUGGAUAACUCUGGGUCUACCAACCCCAGUAGACCCCGUUCUGAGAGCAACAGCGAUACGAACAAACCGCAGGACGCUUCUAAACCCUCCACAUGUGAUGCAACAACUAAUGCGUCCUCUGCGCUUGGAUCAGGGCUUAUAGCGCCGGUUUCGCCCUACAGACCCGGGCACACCGUAUUCCCCAUUUCGCCUGCCGGACUACCUUACCACGGAGCCCUAGCGGGGGCUUAUGCCAGCUACCACCAGCCCUUUCUGCCCCAUGGAGUGGCUCUGGACCCGAGCAAGGCCAGCAGUAGUCAGUUGAUUAAUGCGCAGCUAUCCGGCGCUGCGGGCUCUCUCACCAGUAAGGCGGGGUCGAGUCCCCUCGCCGGAGCUUCCCCGCCAUCCAUCAUGUCCACCAGCCUGUGCCGAGACCCGUUCUGCCUGAGCUACCACUGCGCCAGCCAUCUAUCACCCACCAGCUCGCACGACACCGCAACAACCACGGCCUUAAAGUCUGGAUACCCCGUCAUGUUCCCCACCCACCCGUUGCACCCUCUAUCCGCCUCUGCGCCCUCAUUCCCGGGACACCCGUUGUACGCGUACGGCUUCAUGCUUCCAAACGAAUCCCAGUCGCAUGUUUGUAACUGGGUGUCCGCGAAUGGACCAUGCGACAAGCGCUUCUCUUCCUCGGAGGAACUUUUGAGCCAUUUGCGGCACCAUACCGCGUUUACGGGCGCGGAGAAACUCAUAUCAGGAUACCCGAACUCGUUAACGGCGAUGGCCUGUCAUAUGCCCGGAGCGCCUGGAGCCCCGCUCGCUCUCAGGACGCCACAUCACGCAUUAGGGCUCGGCACACGGUACCACCCGUAUUCCAAAAGCCCUUUACCGACACCCGGUGCGCCCAUGCAGCUCCCCGCCGCCACGGGCCCCUUUUACUCGCCAUAUGCGCUCUACGGACAGAGACUGACCACAGCACCCGGGCUCGGAUAUCAGUGAGAUUUUUGUACCUUUGUGUUCACCUCAGGGCGUAUGAUUAGUUGGCCAUUAUUUAUUAAAGUAGCUUUAAAGUCAGAAAACAAAUAAAAUGCAAACAUAUUUCAACAAGACUCUCAUGGCUUUAUUUAAAAUGUCAUAUACAUUACAGUUCUGUCUUUAUGCAAUUAUAACCCUGAAAUGAAGCAACACUGUGUGGAAGUUUAUUUCUAAAUUCAGAUUUUGGAGGGAUGCUUUUACUGUCCAGCUCAGGGAAAAAUAAAGAAUCAGCUCAAUGCAUUCAGAUUUAUUGUCCCGUCAUUAAUAACAUUUGAUGAGAAACAACUUCUAGCUCAAUUCGGUCUGAAAUUAAGGGUUAAAAAGUAUUUAAAUGUAUUUUGUCUUCAUUUGUAAUCGGAGUCACGGCUUGUUUGUAAACCUUGCAAUAAAUAUAACAUUAAAACAAAACUAAUUUUCUAUAUAUUGUUUAUAAUGGAGCAUAAAUGGUCAAUAAUGCACAAGAUGCAGAAUUCCUGAUUCAUUAUGCCCCAAAUGUAAAAACCCUUAUUUAAUUUGGUUUAAUUCUGGUGUGCAUAUCAAAGCAAGCGUCACUUUACUGUUAAAAAUAU